AUGAAUCCAUCCGCAAUUGCUGGGCCAAGCUCCGAAAAACAGCUACAGAUGUCAGAUAUCAGUGAGUUGCUAGUUCAUAGUAGCGAGAGCGGAAGUGAUUUGUCCUCCCACGAUGAAAUAGAGGCGGGAGAAGAAGGACGACAAGAAGAGAUACUAGGAAUUGGAUCAUCUAGCGAAGACGAAGAGGAAACCUAUUAUCCGUUCGGAAGUGAGAAGUGGAUACCACAUGCAGAACCAAGAGAAGCUUUUUCCACUUUCGCAGAAGAAGAGUUGCUCGUUGAUUUCGGCGAGAAACCUAGUGCACUCCAGAUAUUUGAAUAUGUUUUCGAUGAUGAGCUAACUAAACAUAUCACUCAUCAAACAAAUUUGUUCGCCGAACAAUCUACUCGCGAGAAAAGAAGAUCAUCUCUUAUGAACGUAGAAGCAGAGACAAGGAUAAGAAGGAAGUAUGUAUGCUAUCGACCGUACAUGGUGCUGAAGUGGUCCCAAUACAAACCAAAAGAACGCUUACUCAACUUGUGGGAUAACUUACGGAGAAGUACAUCGGUGGAGUUACGAAAGCAGUCCCUACAAGAAAACACAUGCAGGAAAUUACCCCAAACAGAGGCAUUUUCUGAGAGAGAAUUCACCGACAAGUACGAAAAAACAUUCAACAAGAAGAUGCAUCGUUUGUAUCAAAAAAGGAUCUAG